AUGAAAGUGGAGAUCAGAGAUGGCUGUGAUGAAUCUGAGAAUAAACUAUGGCCAAGUGAAUCAAUGGAUGAAUCAUACAACAUCACUAUUCAUGACCGUGAAAUAAGUAUCACAUCGAAUGAGAUUUGGGGUGUAUUACAUGCUCUGGAAACAAUACUCCAAUUAGUGUAUACAAAUGAAGUUGGAGAGAAUUUGAUUUUUAAAGGUAGGAUAGAAGAUGAUCCGGAGUUCUCAUAUCGAGGAGUAUUGGUCAAUACUGGAAGUAACUUUAUACCUAUGGAGUAUUUAUUCAAAACAAUAGAUGCUAUGGCAAUGGUUAAAAUGAAUGUAUUCCACUGGCGUGUGACAGACAAUCAAUCAUUCCCUUUUGUAUCUUCAACUUAUCCAGAAUUAUCAAACAAGGGUGCUUUUCAUCCACAAUCUUGUACAUAUGAUGAAGAGGAAGUUUCCGAUCUGUUGGAAUAUGCUCGUCUUCGUGGAGUACGUGUGAUUCCAGAGUUUAAUACACCAGAUCAUACAUUAUCAUGGGGAAAUGGUUAUCCCGACAUACUAACAAAAUGCUAUAAAGAUUCUGAACCAGAUGGAAAUUUGGGCCCCUUGAAUCCAACUGAUCCUGAAACUUUUAACUUUCUGGAGAAUUUUUACAAGGAAAUUAUCACUAGAUUCACUGAUAGUUACCUUUAUCUUGGUGGUGAUGUCGCAGAUUUAAGUUGUUGGAAAUCUAAUCCUGAAAUAGUUCAAUUUAUGGAUAGCAUGCAAUUCGGUGACGAUUAUGGUAAACUAGUCACGUACUACAUGGACAGGCUUGUAGAAAUCAUUGCAAAUGUGACACCAUCUGAAAGCACAAUUACACCAAUUCUACAUGAAUCAGUGUUUACAAAUGGAUUCCGUAGCAAUACUAAUGCGAUAAUUCACGUAUGCAGUAGCUUGGAUUGGAAAACUGUGACACAGUUGGCUACUACAGAAGGAUUUAAUGUUAUAGUCACUGGUGCAUGGCAACUUGAUGUUUGGUUGAGUGCAGAUGACUGGAAACAGCAUUAUGAACAGGAUAUCAGAGACUUUGGAGGUACAGAUGAACAAUCACAACUGGUUAUUGGUGGUUUAGCUGCAAUAUGGGGAAGACUCGUAGACGAAACUAAUCUGAUAUCCCUAUCAUGGCCUAGAGCUGCUGCUGCAGCUGAACGUCUUUGGUCUAGAAAUCCUGAAGAUAUCGAAAAGUUUGGUGAACGAUUAAGUGAACUUCACUGCAGGAUGGCCAAGAACAAUAUCCAAGGAUAUCCGGUGAAUGGACCUGGCUUUUGUCCACCUUAG